CCUGCCUCCGAGGGCAGACACGCAGACCUUACCUGGAGGGCUCCUAUUCAGAGUUUCAUAAGCUCUAGAUUCACUCAGGGUGAACUGUCUUCUUCCUCAGACGUAUUGUAUUAAAGGAGGGACUUGGUGGGUGAGGCCCUGGCUUGGUUCUUUUUGCAGUAAUACAGUGCUCUAAACCUGGGUGCCGUCCUAAGACACAAGUCUUUUUGGUGAAUCAUGAUGGCUUUUAGCUAUUUACACUCCCUGGUUUUUCAGAAUAAGUUACCUUUCUAUAUAGAAUUUUAUGUAAGCUUAUUUUUUUUUUUAUAUGUAUACGGUAAAUUUGCAUUUUUAGUUUAAUACAGCCUACAGAUCUAAAAGGAAACCCUGCUGGUGCAGUGGCUAAGAGCUACCUAGGGCUGCUAACUACAAAGUUAACAGUUCAAAUCCACCAGGUGCUCCUUGGGAACUGUGGGGCAGUUCUACUCUGUCCUUUAGGGUCGCUCUGAGUCAGAAUCCACUAGAUGGCAACUUUUUUUUUUUUUUUUCGUAGAUCUAAACUGGAAACAAAUUUGCAUCCGGUGUUACAUGGGGUUGACUAAUAUUUCUGAUUUUGUUUUAACCAAAUGCUCUAGUGUCUCCACUCUGGAGUUAAUAUGUCCACGAUUACCUCAUCUUUCCAGUAUAAGUCCUAUUUACUUUAAAAGUAAUUUUGACGCAUUUACAGAUAUGUUUUUGAGAAUUUUGUGGGUUUUUUUUCACCUAUUGAUCUCAGAAUUGAAUAUGAUAUUUAGCUCUUGCCCUCAGUUAAGAAACUGAGACCUGAGUAUGCUUACCCUCACUUUGUGCUAAACUAACGGAUCAGGAUUACAAAUUAUUAGAAAUGAAAAUGAGAAUCCCUUUAGGAGAGCGUCGGUACUAGCUCUGUGGUAGGUAGAGAGUUCACACUACCUCUCUCCUCCUAUCUGGAGGGCAGUGACUAUAUUCCUUCAAGAGAAAGCACAACUAAGAGCAAGUAAGUGCAGACUAAGGAGGACAGGACGUUGCUGAGGUGACUGUUUUGCAGCCAUUUAGGAUUUCCUUUUCCAGUGUUGUGUGAUUUCCACUAAGGGAACCAACAUUGACUGAGCACCUACGUGUACCCACAGCAUGCGUUUAGAAUAACCCUCACAAAAUUACUCUGUCACUUUGGGAGGGUUGCUUACCCCCGGCUGCCCCAACCGCCCAGCACACAGCAUGAGUUUUAGAUACUCAGGGUGUUCUCUGAACACAGGUAUCUGUCUCUUGACUACAGAAGUAUUUUUCUGUAACGUUACAACCAGCUUUAAUUUUUUUUUUUUUAAUGUAGCUCUUAAAGAGCCAUACGCGGAAAACUGCCCAUCAGUGUGUUUGCGGGGUGAAAUGUGGCAGGGAAAGUCGGUCGCUGAAGGGGAUUUUGUGAAAGAUGCUUUUAUGCCUGGGACCCCCGAAACAAGUGGUCCAGACAUGCAGUUACAGCUGAAGAGCCAAAACCAGAAACGGUCUUCCCUGGAUAGACGACCGGAGUGUGUUAAUUGAAUUCUCUUCCUCUAUAAAUUGGGAACCAUAUGAUUACCUACCUUAUUAUAAGGACUGAGAUAAUAAAUGUUUGAUAUCAUGAUUGCGUUAAGAGCUUACUGGGUUUCGAACACUGUUCUGGGUCUGGGAUAGUCAGAGGUGACCUUACAUUCUUAGGGAAAUACAGAGUAAGCAAAGAAACAAGUAAACAAGAAGAGUACAGAUUGUACCCAGUGCCGGGAGGGACGGGAUCAAGAAUAACCUUAACUAGUGAAUACCUGAUUCAAAUGUUAGCUGCUGCUAUCACUAUUGCUGUUAUUAUUGUUAUUAAAGGGCCUAUUAGAGUAGGAAGCUGCCGUAAUUGGGUUUGGUAAAGAUCUCCUAAUACCAGAGGCCACACAAAGCUAAUGCCUGCUCUUUCUGAUAUAUCAUCUCCCCACCACCCCCAACCUCUCAUCAGUUGACAAUUGCUGGAAAAAUCAACUUUGCCUGAACAUUUAGGAAGCUAUUUGGGAUUUCCAGUGUUUUUCUUCCUUUAAAAAAAUAAUAAAGCAGAUCAGCAUUUAAAGGGUUGAAACUAAAACCACCAAACCUGUUGCCAUUGGUGAUUUCAACUCAUAGCAAUCCUAUAUAGGACAGAGUAGAACUGCCCUAUAGAGUUUCCAAGGAGCACCUGGUGGAUUCGAACUGCCGACCUUUUGGUUAGCAGCCAUAGUACUUAACCAUUAGGCAACCAGGGCAGAGGUGAUAAUUAUUCAUCUCUUUUGCUCCCAACCUCAGGCUGGUUCUUUGCUCAAAAGGAGUUUAAGAGUCCACAAGCAUUUUCCCUGAAAAGUUAGUAGUCCUUUGAAGGGCAAUGAGAUUUCAGGGAAGAAAGCCCAUGGUUCUUGCCCUCAUCCUGUUUCCUAGUGGCAGUUGGCCUUAUCCGAUUUCUAAUGGCAGUGGGUCGGGCAUAGAGAGAAAAAGAGGAGAUCACUCUCUUCCGCUCUAGUUUAUACCCACUUCUGUAUCAGACAGAGUAAGGGCAGUGCCGACUCUCCUGUUCCCCAUCUCUCUGCCGUGCUCCCCACAGUGCUGGCAGCAGCCAGGAAGGUGGUGAGAUUUCCGCCACCGCACUGGCCUGACCACCUGUGAAGCCACUGCCAAAGUCAACAUGUGCAGCCUUUGUGUCUGAGGCAACAGGUUUCAUAAUGGCGGUUAAUGAAGUUCCUGUUCAGACGCCCUCACACUUGUGUAAUUCUGUCUCCAGAGGGCAUGGGGCAUCUCCUCUUAUGUAAUAGGAAGAUCUUCAGGGAAUAUUCUAUUUGUCCUUUCACUGGUCACUUGGCAAGUUCAUAGGAGGCUUUGUGAGUGUCCGUUUGUGAAUGUUACUAGUGAGCCAUUCAGUAGACCUUUACAGCAGACCUACUGUUUGCCAAGUUUUGUUCUAGAAAGGUGGUAAGGGGAGCACAGACAUAACUAAGCGAUGAGCCUGGAGACCUAGAAGUCUUGGUCUAAUUCAGGUGUAGAGGAGAGACAGGUAGAUAAACUGCCGAGAGCACAGCGGAAUGGAGGUCUGAAUGCGGGAGGGUGGAAACCAAUUUCCCUGUCUUGAAGUCUUUCUUGAGGGCCGGGACAGGUCAGGCGGGGGUUUCUCAGGGUUGGUAUCAUCUGCUGCCUUCUGGGGCUGGUCUGAAGUAGUUGUGUGGAAAAGGCCGGCUCAUGGGCUUGUAGCUUGUUCAGUCUCACAGCACUCUGUGCUUAGCUAGGCCCCUAGCUUGACUUAAUGCUCUGCUGCUGCCAUCUUGAAAUUUUUUAAUCAUUUUUGAACAAAGGGCCCUGAGAGCUAUUUUUAUUUUUCACUGGGCUGCACAAAUAACAUAGUCUAGCUAGGGAGAUGGGGCUGGAAAGGUGGGUUCAGCCAGGUUGUGAAAAGCAUUAUUUGUCAAAUAUGAGAACAUCUGGCUUUAUUCUGGAAGCAGUGGUGAGCUCUGGUAGCAGAGGAUAGAAGGAGAACUGGAGAGGCUGGUGAGACCAGGGGGCUGGCAGUCUAGCGCGGGAGGCAGAGAACAUCAUGCUGGAGCAGACCCGACAGGUCCGAGAGCUAUAUAACUCAUGCUCCUGGGCAAAUGGGCAGGCCCUGGGGACUGAGAAUGAAGGCGAAGAAGGUGGUUGGAGAUGGCUGAGGUUUCCACCUAGGCUGGAGAUUCCACUCACAAACAGGAAUGCAGAGAAAGGAGCUUCUAAGCCGUGGCAGUGAGGCAGAUGUUUUGCAGGAGUGGGGCGAGGCCCUUUCCAAAAAACCCGGAAAUCUCUGGUGGGACAGCUUGUGGAAACACGCACCACAGCUGCUCAGCUGCAGCAAAUGACCUGCAGAUCAAGGUUUCUGUCAGUAUCGAGAGCUUCGCUGGAACAAGUAUUCAUCCAAAAAUAAACUUCCCGUUCUUCCUGUUUUUAUAACUUGCCUGUUUCCUCCGAGUUUGAGGCUGGUCUCUAGUUCCGUGGGUUAUUAAUCUUCAGAGGAUCAAGACCUCUAUAGAAGUAUUUCCUGUACAUGUUUAUCUACCCAGCCCGAAAUUAUUUUCUCCCAAUGAUAAGAGAACUUUUCCAUACUGGUCUGUCAGACUUGAGAGAUUUCUAUUACGCACCCCACUAAGUAAGACUAAACCAAAAAAAAAAAAAAAGCCAUCGGAACCAGAACAUAGGAAACCCAGGUAACCGGGGGGUGUGGCCUUCAGAGGGUUUUAAUGGGUUCUCUCAGCCCAUCUCCUGCAGGUGAAGGUGGCUUUUUUCUUAGCAAGAUUCCUUGGGAGAUAAAGCGAUAGCUGCAGAGGGGCUGAUUUAAGGAACUCUCACAUGCCCUACCGAAUAUCCACCGUGGAAUAAUAGCUCCAGAAAUAUGUCUGCUCCUUUGAAGAGCUCGAAAUACCUCUAAUUGGGCUGUAAUUUGCUCUCACAACACCUUCCAACCAAACAGGGGCCCUGCCCUUACCCCCCUUUCACAGACAAGGGAAUUGGACUGCACUUGUUGCUCAUGGCUGUGCACAAAGGAAAAGAAAGAAGCCAUGUGGAAGCUUUGGCCAAGUUCAGACCCGGUAGGCAAAUAGACAAGCUGGGUUAAGUAGGUGUGGACAUUCAACUUACCCGCCUCAGUUCACCUGCCCCUCGGAGCCUUUCCUUCCCCUACUUUUUGUGCUUACAGAUCCGAAACUAGCAAGCUGGUGGGUAUUUUAAAAAUGUAAGUCUUCUUAUAUGAUUCUUGCACAGGCUUUGGUGACCAGGCUGCGUGGGUGGCGGCUUGUGCGGCAGCGGAACUUGGCGGGAGGCCAGAUGCCUUUUACUGAGGCCUGGCUGAGGCCUUCCGAGGUGGGGCUGGGAUGCAGCAUUUUUCAAACAGCACCACCACAAAGCACCAGUCCUCCCCCUUGGCGGUUCAGGUGACUCAAUGGGCAAUGACUGCAGCAGACCACAGCCCCCCACGUGAGAUAUGCACUGUCCGGUACCGUAGCCACUAGCCACCUGGGCACUUGAAGCGAGUGAGUGUGGGCUGAGAUGUGCCGUUAAGUGUAAACUACAUAUCGGAUUUUGAAGACGUAUGAAGAAAAAGGAUGUAAAGUAACUUAUUCAUAUUUUAUUUUGAUUACCUGUUGAAAUGAAAAUAUUUUAGAUAUGUUGGGUUUUAUCAAAUAUAAUUAAUUUCACCUUCUUUUUAAUUACCUUUUUUAAUGUGACUACUAGAAAGUUUAAGGAGCCCUGGUUGAGAUCGACUCAACGGCAACGGGUUUUUUUGGUGGUGUGACAAUUAAGCACUUGGCUGCUAACCAAAAGAUUGGUGGUUCAAACCUACCCAGCAACUCAGCAGGAGAAAAACCUGGUGACCCUAUGGGGCAGUUCUGCUCUGUCACAUGGAGUCACUAUGAGUUGGAAUUGACUCUAAGUCGCCUAACAACCACUAGAAAGUUUAAAAUGACAUUUCUAAAGGACAAUGCUGCUAAUCCAUACUGUGAGUGAAUUAAGCUGCCAACUGUGGCUUCGAAGCAAAUACAUUCCCAGAGGCAGGGAGGGUGGGAGAGCAACCUCCUCUCCCUGGUGGCCUGGCUGAGGGGGUGACCCACCCCUAACAGUAGACUAUCUAGGGCGUUCGGUGGGACAUUCUGCUUCUAAGCAAAGAGUUAAUAAUUAUCAACAGCGGGAAAAAAAAUUUAAACCCUUUCAAAAGCACUCUUCCUGGCUUAAUUUUUUUCUUAACGUGCUUUGCAGACCAGCCUCCCUCCUGGAAGCCUUGCCUUCAGAUUCAGAACUCUUGCCCUCCGUCAGCGUGGGACCUGGGGAACUGGUGGGGUCUAGAGGGACUGUUCUAUUUUGUUGUCUCGUUUGUUCUUCUGCCCGUAGGCCGGGUUCACCAGUAGCGGCUUUUCAUCCUUCCCUGCCAGGCCAACUCAGAACUGCCCGAAUGAGACUGGGAAGCCACUAUUCAGACCAGCUUCACCUCCCUCCUUGCUUUGGAGUGGUUACUCAAAUGUAAACAUACUUUGGGAAAACAUGAGAUGGAUGUGAAUCUUAGGAAACUCCUGCUUUGAGAAGUACAGAACCACAACUAACCUCCAAAUGCCAGUGACAGCUAUAUUGUGCGUGUCAAGGCUGUGGUUAUGACCAGAGAUGACUCCAGCGGGGGAUGGUUCCCACAGGAAGGAGGCGGGAUCAGUCGCGUCGGGGUCUGUAAGGUCAUGCAUCCGGAAGGCAAUGGACGCAGCGGCUUUCUCAUCCAUGGUGAACGACAGAAAGACAAACUGGUGGUAUUGGAAUGCUAUGUAAGAAAGGACUUGGUCUACACCAAAGCCAAUCCAACGUUUCAUCAUUGGAAGGUCGAUAAUAGGAAGUUUGGACUUACUUUCCAAAGCCCCGCUGAUGCUCGAGCCUUUGACAGGGGAGUAAGGAAAGCAAUCGAAGACCUUAUAGAAGGCUCUACCACAUCAUCCUCCACCAUCCACAAUGAAGCUGAGCUUGGUGACGAUGACGUUUUUACAACAGCUACAGACAGUUCUUCUAACUCCUCUCAGAAGAGGGAACAACCUACUCGGACAAUCUCCUCUCCUACAUCCUGUGAGCACCGGAGAAUUUACACCCUGGGCCACCUCCAUGACCCGUACUCCACGGACCACUAUCACCUCGAACAGCCGAUGCCAAGGCCCUACCGCCAGGUGAGCUUCCCGGACGACGAUGAGGAGAUCGUACGCAUCAACCCCAGGGAGAAGAUCUGGAUGACCGGCUACGAGGAUUAUCGGCACGCCCCAGUUAGGGGCAAGUACCUCGACCCCUCGGAGGACGCAGACUCCUACGUGCGCUUCGCCAAGGGCGAUGUGCCCAAGCAUGACUACAACUACCCCUAUGUGGACUCCUCAGACUAUGGCCUCGGUGAGGACCCCAAGGGCCGCGGGGGCAGUGUGAUCAAGACACAGCCCUCCCGGGGCAAGUCUCGACGGCGGAAGGAGGACGGGGAGCGCUCCCGGUGUGUGUACUGCAGGGACAUGUUCAACCAUGAGGAGAACCGGAGGGGCCACUGUCAGGACGCACCCGACCCCGUGAGAACUUGCAUCCGCCGGGUGAGCUGUAUGUGGUGUGCAGACAGCAUGCUCUAUCACUGUAUGUCGGACCCCGAGGGAGACUAUACAGACCCUUGCUCGUGCGAUACAAGCGACGAGAAGUUUUGCCUCCGGUGGAUGGCUCUUAUUGCCUUGUCUUUCUUGGCCCCCUGUAUGUGCUGUUACUUGCCCCUGCGGGCCUGCUACCACUGCGGAGUGCUGUGCAGGUGCUGUGGCGGGAAGCACAAAGCGGCCGUGUGACUCAGUUUCCUUCCUCCCCGGCCUCCACCCACAGUCACAGGAGAACUUGUCUUUUCCAUACUCUCCCGGUCUCCCCUGCUGCCUUCUACUCAAAGGAGCAAGGAGAGCCAGAGGCCUCCCAGCUUCCUGGUUCCGAGGCACCAUUCCAGCCUGGGGAACCUGCCGGGUGGACUCUCCACUCAACCCCAGCCAUCGUCACUGCAUCAGCCACACACCCAUGCACACAAGCACACACAGUGUUCUAUGGAAAGGAACCUUAGGCAUAGACUUUCAUGUAUUAUUAACAAUCUGUAAUCAAGCUAAAUGUCUUAUCCAUGUGUUUAUUUCCUGUUUUUCCUUCCCACCUCUUCCAGUUCAAAGGAGUCUGCUGUCCGAACUGCUGAUUUUUGGUGGGUUUUGUAGUUGAUUUUUCAAAGAGCAUUGCGAGACUCUCUUUUCUCUUGGUUCAGCUUGCCUGUUCCUAGCAAGUGUGGGUUCCUGCGGAAACAUGAUGUCAGAAUGAUGAAACGCUACCGCGAGUGUUUUAACCUGCCGUUAGUUAUUAUGGCUGGGAGGUGAGCUGGUUAACAAACUGGUACCACAAAACAAUAUCACUUGUUCUAAAGCCAAAUUUCCCACCUAAGCUGCAGUGUCUAUCUUCAGCUCGUCAUCUCCUGUCCACCCCCGCCAAAACACUGUUGAAAUUAGUCACUGAUGCAAAGCAUUAACCUGUAAAAUGACUGAGAAUCGAGCCUUACCUUCAGAUUAACUUGCAAGAAUCAGGAAAAACCCUUCAACUGCAUCACAUCCUCUUGGACCAGGGCUAGAAAGGGAUCUAGGUUUCUAGAACCUCCCUAAAAAAAAAAACCAAAUCCGUUGCCACAGAGUCAAUUAUGACUCGUAGCGACCCUAUAGGGCAAAGUAGAACUGCCCCAUAGGGUUUCCUAGGCUACCAUCUUUACGGGAGGAGAUCACCAGGUUUUUCUCCUGUGGAGUCGCUGGUGAGUUUGAACCGCCAACCUUUGGGUUAGCAACCAAGCGCUUAACCACUGCACCACCAGCGCAUUUUAUGAGCCUCCCUAGUUAAAAAUAGAACUUUUUAAAAUUGUGUCGCCACCACUUCUAAAAAUUUAGCAAUAUUCGAAUAAAACACUAAUGAAGUAAAUCUUGCUUAUGGUGUUGCAAACCAGAUAGUCUACUCAAACACAAACAGUGCGCCACAAACCAGUUCCAGUUGAGAAACACUAAGAUUGUGGUGAAUAGAACUAUAGGAACCCUCCCUCCCCCCAGUGGCUAUUUUAUACUAUUAAUGGGGGAAUUUCAAAUGUCCUAAAUUUGAAGAGUGGUGAGUUGCAUUUUGUUUGUGAGUUUUUGUCUGGGGCUCAAUUUCGUGUCACCAAAUUCUUCAUUUAUACUUGGGAAAAAACAAGGCCAUAUAUAAAAAAUAAAAGAAAUCCUCCCAAUGCCUAAGUGUCUUUCUCCUGCAACAAUAAACCCAGACGUGCCACCUCGGGUGCACGGGUGGUUAGGUCAGCAGACUGGUUGUACCUGCCGUCUUGCCAUGUAGGAGGCUUCUAAUUAGCUGGAAAAGAGUAUUUUUCUAAUAUAUUGCCAGGAAAAGCCAAAUCUUCUUAGCAAAGGAAAACGAGAAAUGAAGAGUGGUUACCUGUACCUAGCAUAGUACAAUCAACCUUCUGGAGACCACGGGGCGGCGGGGGGGCAGGCUUGCUGAUGCUGGCUCUUCUUCCCACCAUGAUCUUUCUGCGGCAAUUUAUUGCCAGCUGAGGGUAUAGCCUGCCCUCCCUCUCACCCCUUCCCCACCCCUCCUUUAUUGUACACAGGACAUCAGUCUUUAAGGAAAGGGACUUUUUUCCAGUCUGCCAAUCGUGUUAGGAAAGUGCUAGCCAUGCCUAUCUUCAUGGGAAUGUUUUCAGCUCAUCUGAAAGCCCAUCACAAUUCUUUAGUCAGCUCAUCGGUGUAAAUAACCCAGCAUGCUUAUGAGUUAGUUGGUAGAUGUUUUCAUUUGUUGGAGUUACUGGUUUGGGCCUUCCAGUUUAGAAAACGAGCAGAGAGCUGUCAAUCUCGAUGGAUGGAACAAAAGAGAACCUCUUCCAUGCCUGGAGAACAUCUAGAAAACCUUCAGCCAGCCUCCAAAAGUUGUUGAGAGACCAACUCUCCCCCUUGAGGUGUUUCCUCUGGGUCUUUCUCUAAGGUCUCCUCUCUACAAAGCACAACACUAAUAUAUGUUUUGUUAGAUCUCAGUUCAAAUGCCCCUAUUUAUUUCAAGAAGAAUACACAUCCGGCUGCUUAUUGUUUGUCAUCUUUAUUUAGUUGUUCCUGUCUUCCUUUAUCCCUUGUCCUUUUCCACCCCUCUUGGGAGUUAUGCUAGUGAAUCUUACUCUGGUAUACUUUUUGAUUUGUGAAGGCAGCGGUUAAGGGCACAAGGACAGACAUGGGGACAUUUAUGUAAAUAAGUCUCUCUAAUCGCCGCACUGCAGCUGAACAGUGUGUAGUAUUUUCCCAGUCAGCUUUGCCAUACUGACGUCAAUCAUUUGAGAGAAAUUAUUCAGAUUUUAUUUUUGUAUCUGUGGUAACAAAACAUUAACCAAAAGAUUUUCUGUUUGGAAGCUUCCCCCUACUCCCCCCCCGCCCCAAGCUAUUUGCUCACAUUAACAAAUUAAAGUGCCUGAAGCAUAAUUCAUUCUUUACCUGUAUACUAAAAACCCUGUUGUAUUGAUUUUUUUAUAAUAAGCCUUUUUACCUCUGUGUAAAAAUAUAUAUAUACAAGUGUAUGAUGUACAUUUUAGUUCUUAACUUUUUUUUAUGGUUUCUAAUAUGUAUGACCAAUGUAGCCAUUGCUUUAAAAAUGUACCAUGUAAAUAUAAACACAUCCUAUCAGAUGACUGUCUUUGGGAUAUUUAUCUGGUUGGAGACAGAGUGGCGGUUGAGCCUCAGCAGAGACGGGCGUUCUUGAACACAGGAUGGGAAGGGGUUUCCUUCAGAGAAGGAUGUGUGCACACCGGGCUGUUUUUGUGAGGAGGCUCUUCCCGCCUUUGGUUAGGUCAUAUUCCCAAGAGGACUCUCCAGCUCCUUGGGCUCCAUGCCUCAAGCAAAAGGAAUGCUGUGUGUCGAAGCCCCGGGAACACCCCCUCUUCCUAGGCCUGGCUUCCCCCACGUGUGCUCCUCAGAGGGAACAGCUGUACUUCCUCUGAGCUGUUUUCCACCAAUUCCUGCUGACCCUCAGGGGUGGGUGGGUGUGUGUCAACUUCGGGAGACAAUUUCUCACAGAAAACAAUUGUUAGAACUCUAAGACCCUUGGUCUUCUAAGAGCAUCUCUACUUCAGUGAAAUGUGGCCCACUUCCCCUUCCAGUGGGUUCUGUGGAUGCUCAGACGUUAGGGUCACAAUCCCCUAGAGGAAAUACAAUGUGGGGCUUUUUUUAACAGUCACAGGAAAGUUUCAGCUCCUUCACUUCAGAACCAAGUAAACUAGUUGCCACCCAAGCAACUCCGAUUCAUGGUGACCUCGUGUGCGUUGGCAUAGAACUGUGCUCCAGAGGGUUUUCAAUAACUGGUUUUUUGGAAGUAGACUGCCAAGCCUUUCUUCUUCUGAGGCACCUCUGAGUGAACUCGAGCUGCCAACUUUUCAGCUAGUAGCCUGGGCAGGUUAACCAUUUACAGCAUCCCAAAACCCCAGAGAACCAAGUAGAGUGCUUAAAAAGAGAUGUCUAGAGGAGCUCCCCUCAUCUUAUUUUUAACUUUUCUGGAAUGACUUUUCCUAGCCUCCCGCAAAGGUGAACAGCACGGGGAGAAGCCGGAAGUUAGAAAGUAGGGGGAGCUCCAGAGCUGGGGACAGCUAGAAGACCUAAGAUCUUACUCGACCCUCACAACCCUCCAGCAACCCCAGCCCAGAUAGCCCCUUCCUGUUAUCCCUGAUUUACAGUUGAGCAGCUGAAGCUUAGAAAGGGUCAGCUGCUAACGUAACCGGCAGUCGCACACAGCAUGGACAGACCCUGACUGAGCCCAAGCCUCACUCUGCCUCCUCUGUCCCUCUUCUUCCCCUUUUCAGGCUAGAAUCGCAAAGCGCCUGGGGUCCUGAGCGCCAGUCAAGAGCCUGCCGCACAUUCCUGCCCUCGCCCCCUCUGGCAGCCUCAGGAAUAGCUUGCGGUCCUUAUUGUCCUUAUUGUCCUUAUUGUCCUGAGUGCUAGGCCAGGAGCUAGGAGCACCACACAGGUCACCUACUUCAAGCCUCCACAAAGUAAAAACCCACUGCCACAGAGUGGAUUUCACUCAUAGCAACCCUAUAGGACAGAGUAGAACUGCCCCAUAAGGGUUUCCAAGUAGUGGCUGGUAGAUUCGAACUGCCGACCUUGGGGUUUGCAGCCGAGCUCUUAACCACUGCACCACCAGGGCUCCUAGCAACCCUAUAAACCUGUUGCUGUCCAGUCAACUCGACUCAUAGCAACUCUAUAGGAGAGGGUAGAACUGCUCUACAGGGUUUCCAAGAUUAUAACUCUUAGGAAAGUAGACUGCUACUGCUUUCUCCCGCGGAGCUGCUAGUGGGUUCUACCCGCCGACCUUUCGGUUAACAGCCGGCAGCUUUAACCAUGGCGCCACCAGGGCUCCUCCUCUGCAGAGUAGAGGGUGCGUUUCCAUUUUACAGGAGAGAAACGGGAGCUCAGCAAGGUCGCUGGAGCGUGGCUGCCCCUCCUGUGGGCAGGUGACUGCACCUUUCGGAGCCUCUGAGAAUAGUACCUACCCUCACCCUAUUGUGAAGGUGAAAAAAUGUGGUGUCCUUACUCUGGGGUAAACAGAAGGUGCUCCAUAAAUGCUAGUUUUUUCCUCAGUUCCUCCUUUAUCUGGGAUUCGAGCCAGCAUCAAGAGCUGGAGGGGACAACCUCUUUCAAAACGCACAAGCCGAACAAAGUACACUGGACAUUUUGUGAGUAUUUAGACCUACAACCUACUGUUGAGAUUUUUUUCCCCUACCUCUCUGCGAUUCUAAAUUUGGUUUCAUUCUUUUCUGGCCCUCCCAGAAUAUGUUAGUGGCCCAAGUGACAGCUGAAGAAAUGCACUAGCUAGGUUGGCUAUGUUCCUUGGGAGAUGAGAAAUGCAACCUGGGGAGGGCUGGGUCCAUCUCAGCGCCCUACCUUGCAGAGCACAGCCUGCUGGGACUUCCAGCCCCCAUCUGGGGCCUUGGGGGCACCCCUGCAAAUCACUACCCUCUACUACUAGGCCUCUGCUCCUCCCCUCUGCUGCUUCCCCUGUGCUGGCUACCAGCGCCCUCCCCAAAGAUUAACACCCGCCAGAAAAUCAGGACAUCUUCCCAGGGGAAAAAGUUGCUGGAGGAGGCUCACAGGGCCGUUUGUUAUUUAUAGGUGGCAUUAGCACCGGCAAUCAAUCCCCGGGCCCUCAAUGUAAAUGCCAGCCAGAGCUUGUAGAAGUGGGCCUGCCACUUCAGGUGUUCUUAUUGCAGGCCUGUUGGGCUUGCUGAUUUGUGGGGUGAGAUGAUGUGUGGCCGAUGGUUAGAAAUGCCACUUGUUGUUUGCUUGUUUAGGCCUAAACCAGAUGUGUGGAAUGAGGGGUGACGACCCUGGUGACAUCUUUUUUUCUUUCUUUCUUUCUUUUGUUUUAUUGUGAUAAAAAUAUACGUAACAAAAUUAUUUGCCAAUUCAACAUUUUUCUCUGUAAUUCAGUGAGAUAGAUUACGUUCAUCAUGUUAUGCAACCAUUAAAAAAAAAUUUGCCGUCAAGUCAACCCCAACUCAUAGUGACCCUGUAGGACAGAGAAGAACUGCCCCACAGGGUCUCCAAGGCUGCAGUCUUUACAGAAACAGACUGCCACACCUUCCUCCCAGGGAGCAGUUGGUGGCUUUGAACUGCUGACCUUUCAGUUGGAAGCCCAGCACUUAAGCACUGUGUCACCAGGACUGCUUGUACAACCACUGUCCUUUUCCAAAUUAUUCCACCACCAUUAACAGAAACUCAGUGCCCCCAAGCAAGACCCAUUUCCCCCUCCCUGCUACCCCUUGUAACCACUAAUAAAAUUUCUUCUCUAUCUAUACAUUUGCUUAUUUCACAUAAGUGGGAUCAUGCGACAUUUGUCCUUUCGUGUCUGGCUUAUUUCACUCAGUUUAAUGGAAUCCCUGGGUGGCGCAAACAGUUGAGUGCUUGUCUCCUAGCAGAAAGGUUGGUAAUCCACCUUCCCAAAGGUACUUUGGAAGACAGGCCUGGCGAUCUACUUCUGAAAAUCACAGCCUUGAAAACCUUAUGGAGCACAGUUCCACUCUGACCACAUGGGGUUGCCAUGAGUCGGUGUCCACUCAAUGGCAACUAACAACGUUUUCAAGGUUCGUCCAUGUUGUAGUAUGUAUCAGGACUUCAUUUCUCUUCAUGGCUCAGUAAUACUCCAUUGUGUGGGUAUACCACAUUCGUUUAUUCAUCUGCUGAUGGACAUUUAGGCUGUUUCCACCUUUCAGCUAUCGUGAAUAGUGCUGCAGUUAACACUGGUGUAUGAGUAUCUGUUCUUGCUUUAAAUUCUUUUGGGUAUAUAUCUAGGAUUGGGAUUGCUGGGUCACAUGAUAGCUCUGUAUUUAACUUUCCGAGGAACUGCCAAAUUGACUUCCACAGUGGCUGUACCAUUUUGUAUUUCCACUGGUGUAGUGGUUAAGUGCUACAGCUGCUGACCAAAGGGCUGGCAGUUCGAAUCCGCCAGGAGCUCCUUGGAAACUCUAUGGGGCAGUUCUACACUGUCCUAUGGGGUCGCUCUGAGUCGGAAUUGACUCAAAGGCACAGGGUUUGGUUUUUGGGUUCAUCAGUACCUGUUAUUUUCCAUGUUUCUGAUCAUAGCCAUUCUAGUAGGGAUGAACUGGUAUGUUGUUGUGUUUUUGAUUUGCAUUUCCCUAAGGUAGUAUAGGAAACCCUGGUGGCAUAGUGGUUAAGUGCUACAGCUGCUAACCAAAAGGUUGCCAGUUCAAAUCCACCAGGUGCUCCUUGGAAACUCUAUGGGGCAGUUCUACUAUAUCCUAUAGGGUUGCUAUGAGGCAGAAUCAACUCGAAGGCAAUGGGUUUGGUUUUUUUUUGCUUUAAGAUAGGACAGUGGUUAAGAGCUAUGGCUGCUAACCAGAAGGUAGGCAGUUCGAAUCCACCAGUCACUCCUUGGAAACCCUAUGGGGCAGUUCUACUCCGUCCUAUAGGGUUGCUAUGAGUCAAAAUCAACUCCACAGCAAUGUUUUUUUUUUUUUCCUUUUUUUUUUUAAAUGACUAAUAACAUCAAGCAUCUUUUCAUGUGCUUCGUUACCUUUUAUAUAAUAUUCUCCUUAGAAAAAGGUCUAUUCAAUUCCUUUGCCCAUGUUUUGAUUGAGUUGUUUUUUGUUGUUUCUGGUGACAUCUUCCACAACCAAAUACCAGUCUUAGCCAUGUGAAUCAGUCCUCCCACACUCCCCCUACCCUUGUCUUCUCAGCUGGAGCAGCCGCCAAACUAGUGGUUCCCUUGAGGUGAGCUGACUGCCUAAAGGGCAGUGCUGGGGGGCAGACAGGCUCUGCAUAUUUAUAAAGAGGGAAAAAAAAAAGCAGUUAUUAUGUGAUAGCCAUGCUUGCUUCCCUUUUCCCCUCUUAUUAUGCCCCUUCUCUCAUUUUUUCCCCCCCAAAAUUUCUGGGGAAGUAUUUUCUUUCUGAUUAUAGAAGUGAUACAUAGUCAUUGUAAAAAUGUCAUACACUGCAAAAAUAUGAAAAAUGAAUGUCUCCACUAUCCAACCAAAGGAAACCACUAUGUGUCCAUCUGGACUUUUCUAUGUAUUUAUACACAGAUAUGUGUGAGUGUGUACGUGUAAGCACACGCACAUGUGUUACCUAUACUGCUCUGAAACCUGUUUUUUUGCUCUUGCUUUUACUUAAAAAUAUCUCAGACACCUUUGCAUAUGAAUACAUACAGAUUUACCUUAUCCUUCUUAGCAGCUUCAUAGUGUUCCAUGAUGUGGCUGUGAUAUAAUUUACUGACCCAAACAUCUAUGGCAAUAUCAGCUGUCCUGGUUUCUCCUUAGUAUUGCAAUGAGUGGCUUUACAAAAGCAGAAAUUGAUUUUCUCACAGUUCAGAAGGCUAGAAGUCUGCAUUCAGGGUAUCGGCUCUUGAGGAAGGCUCUUUCUCUGUAGACUCUGGGGGAAGCGACCCUACAUAAAGAAGAAAAUAAAAAUCAGCUGAAAUUCUCUAAGAGAUUUACACAACAGCUGUUUAUGCUUUCUGUUAUGUUUAAUGAGUUUUACUGCCCACAACCACACUCUUACUGUAGUAUUCCCACUCUGGGCUUCUUGGUUACUUGGACUAACUCUUCAGAUAGUUUUCUUAGGAAGGGUACAAAAAAUAAUUUUAUUUUCCGAGUUGUUGCAUAUCUCAGAAUGUCUUUUUGUUGCAGACACAUGUGUCCAAGAACUUGGCUGAGUAUAGCAUUCUUAACCAACAACAUUUCCCCCUCUAAGUUCUGUAUAUAUGAACUUUUUUUCUUUUUGUUUUUUACUGUUGUGAUAAAGGCCACUGCCUUAAUGCUCAUCAAGGCAGGGGCACCAAACUGUGCCAGCCAUCGUAUUUUUCACCACCAGGCAAAGAAAAUCCAAAUUUCACUUGCUGCUGUGAAAAAAACUUGCCUAAUUUUUGCCUAUUGGUAACAUUUUUUUUUUUAAGCUGAAUCUUGUAAUUAAAGCCUUUUGCCUGUAUAUGCCAUUGAUUUUUUUCUGAAACUCAGUGAUCCCUUUCAGUUGGUAGAAUCAGAUUUUUAACUCUGCAGAGUUUUCUUCUAAUAUGUCUUUCAUUAUUGUUUCUGCUCCUUAAGGCUCCAGUUUCUUCCUCUGAGAUAUGUAACUCAUAGAUUGCCUAAUUAGUUUUCCUUACCCACUGUCUUCUCUCAUCACUUUCAUCUAGCCCUUUUUAAAAAUUUCACUUUGGGACAGUUUCUCAUCUUUGUCCUCUUUAAGAUGAAUUGUUUUUGCUAUAGUGACCAUUCUCAAUGUGUGGUCUACAGGAUUCGGCGGGGGUGGGGGGGGCAGUCCAUGGAAUAUUACUCAGCCAUAAAGAGAAAUGAAGUGUGGAUACAUGCCGUAACAUGGAUCAACCUUGAAAACAUUAAACAAAACAAAACCCAUUGCCAUCAAGUCAAUUCUGACUCAUAGUGACCCUAUAGGACAGAGUAGAACUGCCCCAUGGAGUUAGUUUCCAAGGAGUGCCUGGCAGAACGUUAUGCUGAGUGAAAUAAGUUGGCCAAAAAAGGACAAAUAUUGUGUGAUCCUACUUCUAUAAAAUACCUAGAAUAGCAAGUAUACAGAGACCAAACCUUAUUAGUGGUUACCAGGGGCAGGCAGGAGGGCAGGAGAAAGAAGGAUUCAAUGCUUAGGGGACCCUGAGCUUCUGUUAAGGGUGAUGGUAUAAUUUGGGAAUAGAUAAGUGUGGUGAUUGAACACGAUGAACAUAAAGUUACUGAACUGUACCUGUGAAGAUUGUUGAAAUAUCAAAUGUCCUGUUACAUACAUAAUUAGUCCCAAUUAAAUUUUUUUCAAAAUAAAAUGCUAAAAAAUUUUUAAAUAAAAUGUAAGUAAAAAUAAUAAUAUUAUUUGUUUCACUGUGUUAACAUUUGCACUGAUGGUGCAAAAGCAAUGGAAGGUAAAAGAGCUGGUGCCUUGACAGUCACCGAGGCAGGGGCACCAAACUGCCAGGCACGCUCUUUAAAAGAAAAUGCAAGUUUCACUUAAGAACGUGCUUGAUGAAGCAAUAAAUAUUACUAAUUUUAUUAAAUAUCAAGCCUUGAGUUCACAUCCUUUUACUAUCCUGUGUGACAAAAUAGAAUGCACGCGUAAGUACGUCUGCUACAUGGUGAAGUAGGUUAGUUAUCUCAAGGAAAAGACUUCGUGCAAUUGUUUUGAGUUGCAAGCUGAACUAGCUGCUUUUUUCAUGGGACACUACUUUUACUUGAAAGAAUGACUGACAGAUGGUCAUCAUGGUUAUGUUGCUAUGGUGAUUCAUACGUGGCUAUUUGGCAGACAUUUUCUCAAAAAUGAGCAAAGAGAGCCUGCCAUUUUGAGGAAGACAACUGAUAGUAUUUGCUGCCAGUGAUAAAAUUUGAGCAUUCAAGGAAAAAUUGGAAUUUUGUAAAACAUGUAUCUGCCAUUAUUGGCUUGGCAGCUGCCCAACAGUUAAAGACUUCUCUCAUAAAAUUGGUGGUGAUAUUAAGAAAUGUGAUCUUUUUUUACACCGUAUAAUGAAAAUGAAAUGCGUCAACAUUCAGAAGAUCUACGUAACUCGUAGAACCAAUAUUCCCCAAGCGACCAGUGUGUGAUGUUACAAAAUCAUGCACGGGUAAAAGAUCCUCUCAAAGUGCAAGAAAACUAAUGGGUUUUGAUAUAAUAAAGUGAUAUAGCUUCAGAUUCUACAUCGCAACUAAUUUUAAGAAGCCACCACUUGUGGGUUUUGGUGUAGUAGCAAAGAAGACUACUCACAAUAAUCUGAAAAGGCUAUUAAAAUUAUCUUCUUUUUUCCAACAACAUUGCCUAUGUGAGGUCAAAUUUUCCUCACAUACUUUAACCAAAACAACAUAUCACAACAGAUUGAAUUCGGAAGCAGAUGUGAGAAUCCAGCUGUCUUCUAUUUAGCCAGACACUAAAUAGAUUUGCAAAAAUAUAAAACAAUGACUCUCUUCUCACUGAAAUGUUUUUCAUUUUGAAAAUAUAGUUGUUUUUCAUUAAAAAAUGUUAACAUGUGUUAUGAUUAUUGUGCCCCCAAAAAGUGUGUGUCAACUUGGCU